GGCACGCUUCGGUUCAGAGAAUAGAGCAGAGUCCCCAGCCGUGGGAUCCGAGUGAAAAAACAGAGAUAUAAUGUCAGACUCAGAUGGCAAUGUCAGGCUGAUCGAUGUGGAGGCGCCAGAGCCACCGGUCGCGGAGCAGCACGAACUGCAAAUGGUGCCCGUGGGCACGACCAUCGAGGUGCCCAGUUUGGACAGCACUCCCAAACUCUCGAAAAGGAACAGCUCGGAGCGGAGUCUGCCCCUCAGGAGCUACAGCAAGUGGUCGCCCACGGAGCAGGGAGCCACUCUGGUUUGGAGGGAUCUCUGCGUUUAUACCAAUGUGGGGGGAUCUGGUCAGCGAAUGAAGCGGAUCAUCAACAACUCCACGGGGGCCAUUCAACCGGGCACUCUGAUGGCUUUAAUGGGCUCGAGUGGCUCUGGGAAAACAACGCUGAUGUCGACGCUCGCCUUUCGACAGCCGGCCGGCACUGUGGUUCAAGGCGACAUUCUGAUAAACGGCCGGCGCAUCGGACCCUUCAUGCACCGCAUCAGCGGCUACGUCUACCAGGAUGACCUUUUCCUCGGAUCGCUCACCGUGCUCGAGCACCUCAACUUUAUGGCCCAUCUUCGCCUGGAUCGUCGUGUUUCCAAGGAGGAGCGUCGCCUGAUCAUCAACGAUCUGCUGGAGCGGACAGGACUCCUUUCGGCGGCUCAAACGCGGAUUGGCAGCGGCGACGACAAGAAGGUUCUUUCGGGGGGAGAACGCAAGCGAUUGGCCUUCGCCGUGGAGCUGCUCAACAAUCCGGUGAUCCUGUUCUGCGAUGAACCCACCACGGGACUGGACUCCUUCAGUGCCCAGCAGCUGGUGGCCACGUUGUAUGAGUUGGCCCAAAAAGGAACCACUAUUUUGUGCACCAUCCACCAGCCGAGUUCGCAGCUCUUCGACAAUUUCAACAAUGUAAUGUUGCUGGCCGAUGGAAGAGUUGCCUUCACGGGAUCUCCACAGCAUGCUCUUAGCUUCUUUGCCAAUCACGGAUACUUCUGCCCGGAGGCCUACAAUCCGGCGGAUUUCCUUAUAGGAGUCCUAGCCACAGAUCCUGGUUAUGAACAGGCCUCCCAGAGAUCGGCGCAACAUCUGUGUGAUCAGUUUGCUGUGAGUUCGGCGGCCAAACAGCGGGAUAUGCUGGUUAAUUUAGAGAUCCACAUGGCCCAGUCGGGCAACUUCCCCUUCGACACGGAGGUGGAAUCCUUUAGAGGUGUGGUCUGGUACAAGAGGUUCUACGUGGUUUGGUUGAGGGCAUCGCUUACCCUUCUGAGGGAUCCCACAAUCCAGUGGAUGCGGUUCAUCCAGAAGAUCGCCAUGGCAUUCAUCAUUGGAGCCUGUUUCGCCGGGACGACGGAACCUUCGCAACUUGGAGUGCAGGCGGUGCAGGGAGCCCUGUUCAUCAUGAUCUCGGAGAACACCUACCAUCCCAUGUACUCCGUGCUCAACCUUUUUCCACAGGGAUUUCCCCUCUUCAUGCGGGAAACACGAUCCGGAUUGUACUCCACUUGGCAAUAUUAUGCAGCGAAUAUUCUGGCUUUGCUUCCUGGAAUGAUAAUAGAGCCCCUGAUAUUCGUCAUAAUCUGCUAUUGGCUGACGGGUCUGAGGUCCACGUUCUACGCCUUCGGAGUGACUGCCAUGUGCGUGGUGCUGGUGAUGAAUGUGGCCACCGCCUGCGGUUGCUUCUUUUCCACAGCCUUCAAUUCGGUUCCACUGGCCAUGGCUUACUUGGUUCCACUGGAUUAUAUAUUCAUGAUCACCUCGGGUAUUUUUAUACAAGUGAACUCCUUACCAGUGGCAUUUUGGUGGACGCAGUUCCUUUCUUGGAUGCUGUAUGCCAAUGAGGCAAUGACCAUUGCUCAGUGGUCAGGAGUGCAGAAUAUAACCUGCUUCCAGGAGAGUGCCGACUUGCCCUGUUUCCACACGGGUCAGGAUGUCCUGGACAAAUACAGCUUCAACGAGAGCAACGUCUACAGGAAUUUACUGGCCAUGGUCGGUCUCUAUUUUGGCUUCCAUUUAUUGGGUUACUACUGUCUUUGGCGACGGGCAAGAAAGCUGUGAGAGCUCUCGAUUCCGAGGGCUGUAAAUAUAAUUACCACCAAGCUACGAAUUCAUCCAAUAAAUAAUUACUAGACCAUUCAAA